ACCCUGUUGUCCGGAGUCACAGGAUUUUGCAGCGAGGUACGCGCGGCCAGCUUCCUGCCAGCCUGUCUCGACAGCUCUCUACACCUCCUUCCGAUUUCAUCUGACAAGACACAGAACGUCGUCACCACAACGCAGUUCGCGAAUGCAAAGCGCUCUUCGUGAAUGUGCUGAUACAGUGGGCCAACACAAGGCAUCAUGUCAAUCGCAGCGGAAGCGACCCGUUCAGGGGUGAUGGGGCACGACACAGGUUCGUCUGAUCACCACGCUGCGGAUGAUAGUCAUGGUGGCCCCUCGAUACUCGGGCGAAUGCAGGACAGGCGGACGCCGCUAAAGUUGAGCGAGCGUAUCUGGGUCGCUGGGACGUUGUCUUUGAUAUUCUUUCUGGUGCUAAGCGUCCAGUACAUCGUGGUCAUCUACUACAAGGCGACGCCUGCCAUGGUUCUGGCAGAUCUAGCCCUUGUGCUCGGCCCCUUCAACGCGCUUGCAGGAUUCCUUCUUUACAACUACUCCCUGGCGGCUUUGAGCUCACCGGGCAGGGUGCCAAACGGAUGGAUCCCAUCGAUUCCCUCUGGGCCAGGCGGUUCUGAUGAAGGCACCGCAGCCGCUUCAGAAUUUGUAGAAGUCAAGAAGAGCGGAGCACCGCGGUGGUGCAAAGUGUGCAAGGCUCCAAAGCCGCCUCGAGCACACCACUGCCGACAGUGUCAAAGGUGCACCCUGAGAAUGGAUCACCACUGUCCUUGGAUCGCAAAUUGCGUCGGACACAGAAAUUACGCGGCAUUCAUCCGUUUCUUGGCCGCAGUGGAUGUCACAUGCGCUUAUCACUUGCUCAUGCUAUCAGCACGAGUAGCUGAUGCCUGGGGCGGUGGAAACAUGUAUCGGUCGCCAACGACGCCGAUCAUGCUGCUGAUGGUAUUAAAUUAUGCUCUCUGCGUGCCCGUUCUGCUCCUCGUAGGCAUGUUUAGCAUGUACCACUUCUACUGCGCCGCUAACAACUCCACUACCAUUGAAGGGUGGGAAAAGGACAGAGUAGCGACUAUGGUUCGACGAGGACGCGUCCGAGAAAUCCAAUAUCCUUACGAUCUAGGCCUAGUACGAAACCUACAAGCUUCACUCGGCAGCAACCCCUUGCUUUGGUGCUGGCCGCAGCCAACCCCAGGCGAUGGCUUGCAUUAUCCCUUGCGCGACGGGGCGGGUGAGUCAGGCGGGAUCGAAUGUGGAGCGGAGGGACAAGAGGAAGGCUGGCCCUGGAAUCCGCGCUAUGCAGAGGUGAUGCGGAAGUGGGCGCGGGAAGCUCGAGCAUCAGCCUCGGGUGCGAACGUGGAAGACCCCGAAUGGGGUGAUCACUGGUCAGACGCGCGUCAAACAUCCAGAGAUCGCCCCAACGACGGUAGCGCGUGGGAUGCACUGCUGCGAUUGCAGAGCCGUGAGCCAGCGAGCUCCGAUGAGACGCAGCCCUUGGUGUGAAAGCGCGCAUUGCGUGUGUGGGGGCGAUGCGUACUCUUUCACUGCGUGCCCGUCCGCCGCGCCUGCUGAAGACGGACACGCGAUCCAAAAGACGCCUACAGGUGGCCGCCCAAAGAUCCGAAC